AUGGCAGCAUCUCCUCCGUCUAAAGUUGCUGCUCCAGCUCCAACAACCACUCCUCCGGUGGCCACACCUCUCGCGGCCACUCCUCCUACGACUACACCUCCUACUGUGACACCUGUGAGCUCACCGCCAACGCCAGUUCCGAUGAGUUCUCCACCAACGCCUGUUCCGGUGAGCUCUCCCCCUGCACUGGAGCCGACAACUCCGGCACCUGUGGUACCACCCAGCGCUGAGGUUCCCGCUCCCAAGUCAAAGAAGAAGACGAAGAAGAGUAAGAAGCACACUGCACCAGCACUGGCGCCGGCAUUGCUUGGCCCUCCCGCUCCUUCGGUAGAAGCUCCGAGAUCAAGCUAG